GUGCUCCAUCCAAUCCGAUUCGAUGUUGAUUAUGUUGAUAUUAGCGCUUGUAAAUUUAUUAAUUAAAGAUAGAUGCACUUGAGGAGUCGUAUACGAUGCGAGUCAUGCACGAGUUGUAUCGAGUCGUUAAUUAAAUGCGUCGUGCACUUGUGUGGUGAUCGUGGACAUCGCGUUGACCGUUUUUUGGUUUUGGUUCAACCAUUGCAGGCUAUGACAUCAUCUGCUUCGUUGGAAUUGACUGGCAAAUGAAUUUGCGAAAUGGAUUUUGAUUCCGUGUCUUAGGCUGCUUCAGCUACGAAGGCCAUGUUGAUUACGGCGAUAACAUCGUCAUUAGCAUUGUUCUUCAAUCUGAUUUUUGAAGGAAUCUUCCUACCAAAGUAAACCGUUAUUAGCAUAAUUAGCGUACAAAGGAGACAUCCGGGAAGCGUGACCCCGAGGACCAGCAAUCGACAGUUGAAUACCUUUUUAUCGGCCGAUUUUUCUUUCUUUCUUCCUUUUUUUUUUUUAAGGGGAAAGGAAUCGAUAUGGAUAAUCGAAUUUAUAUAGAUAAGGAGACUGGUGAGGAUUUGAUCCACCCGUUCGUCGAUUAUGACAUUUGUCAUUCGAUGGACUCAAUGGCAAUAAAUGAUGCGGAGACUGGGGAGCCAGAAGUCAAUCUUAUAGACAAUGGAAUCAGAGGUCAUCUUAGGAGAGUUCCGUUUCAGAUACCAAAGGAAGUGAAGGAAAAAUCUUUAAAAAAAUGCCAUUUAACAGAGUUAGAGCCGGUUCCACCAGGUACCUCCUUUGGCCAGAUAAAUCCCAUCUGUCUGUUUUUACCGGCCAUCAUUUAUUUCCGUUGGUUCCUCGCCUUAUUGAUGAUUUUCGAGGUCACUCUGCAUGUAUGGGCACAUCAUAAGAACAAGAGCCUGAAAGACGCCAGCGUAUACUUUCGUUCACCAUUUCAUGACAUUUCUGCAGAGUUCUGCGCUCUUUGCCAGAGCGAGACCUGCAUGAAUCGUGUCGGUAAAAUGCAUCAGAUUCGAAUGCACAAAUUUCUGCGACAAUGCAACUACAUGAAGAGAGUAGUAACGUAAACUUGGGCUACAUGAAUGUGUCUAGCGGUACUUUAAGCGUCGCAGAG